CACAGCUCAUCACCCGAGUCGCGCAGACAUGUCGACCACCAACAGCAUCAAGUUGUUGACUGGUAACAGCCAUGGCGGGCUGGCGAAGCUGGUUGCCGAUCGACUGGGCAUAGAUCUUGCUAAGAUCAUGGUCUUACAGUACUCGAACAACGAGUCGAGCAUCAGCAUCGGAGAAUCAGUUCGCGACGAAGAUGUCUUCAUCCUCCAGUCGACAGAGCCGGGCAACAUCAACGAUCAUAUCAUGGAGCUGCUCAUCUUGAUCAAUGCCUGCCGAACCGCCUCCGCGCGCCGAAUCACCGCUGUCCUCCCCAAUUUCCCAUAUGCGAGGCAGGACAAAAAGGAUAAGAGUAGGGCUCCCAUCACCGCCAAGCUCAUGGCAAAUAUGCUGCAGACUGCAGGCUGCCAACAUGUCAUCACCAUGGACUUGCAUGCCUCACAGAUCCAGGGCUUCUUCAACGUGCCCGUAGACAACCUCUACGCUGAGCCUAGUACUCUCAGGUGGAUCAGGGAGAACCUGAAAGUGGACGACUGCGUCAUCGUGUCACCAGAUGCGGGAGGCGCGAAGCGUGCGACGAGCAUAGCGGACUCUCUCGACCUGCAAUUCGCCCUCAUCCACAAAGAGAGAGCUAGACCGAAUGAGGUCUCCCGGAUGACUCUGGUCGGUGAUGUGAGGGGCAAGAUUGCAAUCAUCGUGGACGACAUGGCAGACACUUGCGGCACACUGGUGAAAGCUGCUGAUGUAGUGAUGGAACACGGCGCAAAAGAAGCCAUUGCCAUCGUCACACAUGGUAUCUUGUCAGGAAAUGCGAUCGAGAAGCUCAAUGGUGGCCAGCUGAAGAAGCUGGUUGUGACCAACACCGUUCCACACGAGGAGAAGAAGACCCUGUGUGAUCGCAUUCAUACCAUCGACAUUGCCCCCACGUUGGCGGAAGCGAUCCGGAGGACGCACAACGGAGAGUCCGUGUCGUUCCUGUUUAAGCAUGCGCCUGCAUAGCUGGUAAGCGUGUAGAAGGGCAGACAGAUAGCAAACCGAGGAAGCAGCAACAAAACCUGGUUAUGGCGAUUACUGUGCAAUCUUUCACUCUCCGCGGAAGGAGUUCUAGGAUGGGCAUGAGAUGCGUAAGUAGCAUGCGAGGGCGUUCGGAAGGAGUAGACUCGAUGAGAGCGAUGAAUGGGAAGUCAUGAUAAUUGCAUGGGAGGGUCGGUUUUGUCUUGGGACAAACGUUUUUGGGAUACAUGUACUCACAUACGCACCAAUCCAAUUUUUG